AUGGCCAGCCCCAGAGUCAGCAAGGCAUACUCAUCCAAUGCUGACGAUAAGAUAAUCCAUGAAAUGUAUCUGUGGCCGUUUGCUGAUGGAGUCAAAGGUGGCAUGGGCGCUGUGAUGUGCGCUAUGAGCAAAAUUAACCAUACAUAUUCAUGCGAAAAUGAGGCAGCCCUCAGUCACCUUCUAAAAACCGAAUUGGGUUUCCCAGGAGUGGUCGUUCCUGAUGUGAACUCUCAGAAGACUGCAUUUGGAUCUGCCAAUGCCGGACUAGACUAUGGUUCUAGCUCCUUGUGGUCUGAGAAGACCAUAAUGGCAGGCCUGCGGAAUGGCUCUCUAACACAGGCCAGAUUGGAUGAUAUGGCCGUUCGCAACACAAUCAGUUAUUUCUAUGUGGGACUCGACUAUGGGAAACAGCCCCCGGUGGCCGAUGAUACCGAGUAUCGCGAUGUACGCGGGAAUCAUUCUGCAAUGAUCCGUCAGAUUGCUUCUGAGUCAUUGGUACUGCUGAAGAAUAACAACGAUGGUGGCCUUGGUCUCCCGCUAAACCAACCGCACUCCAUGGCCGUCUUCGGCUCUCAUGCUCGCGCGCCUAUCGCUGGACCGAACCACGCCUUUUCUAUCCUUGGGUCCGGGGCCGAUACUUUUGAUGGUCACCUUGUCACUCCUUCAGGUUCGGGCUCUAGCUCCUUUGCCAACGUGGUUGAUCCGCACAUGGCCCUGAUGCCACGUCAAAUGAAGCAUGGUGGCAUGUUCUGGGGGAUCAUGAAUGAUACAUAUUCAUCUGGUAAUACGAGCGCUCCUGCUUCAAUUGGAAGUGGCUCGGGGACCUCCUUGAAGCACUCAUACACAGUCUAUGCGCAAAAUGCCGCUGCCUGUCUUGUCUUCUUGAAUACAUACUCAGGUGAAGGAGCAGAUCGUGGCGAACUCUUCAGCACAGACCAAGACUCCAUGGUAAAUCGCGUGGCAAGUGAAUGCAACAACACUAUUUUUGUGAUCAACACCGUUGGCCCGCGUCUGCUUGAUGCUUGGAUUGAACACAAAAACGUUACCGGUGUGCUUUACGGGGGGUUGCUGGGACAGGAGUCCGGCAGCUCAAUUGCUGAUGUUCUCUUUGGUGAUGUGAACCCUAGUGGCAAAUUGAGUCACACAAUCGCCAAGAAUGUCAGGGAUUACCACCACAUCUAUAUGUCAUACCGCCGACUGCAACUUUACGGAAGGAUCCUUGGUCGACUACAGAUGGUUUGA